AUGACUUACGAAGAGAAUCGAUACUGGAAGAAUGUUCUGACCAUCGUGCCCAUCAUUGGUGCUGCCCUGGCCACCGUUUCGUAUGUCCUGCGUCUGUAUUCGCGGCGCUUUACCACGGCCGGUUUGAAAGUGGAGGACUGGUUGAUGGGCGUGGGCCUGCUUCUUUCUUACUGCGCAACCGCCUUUGUUGUGGACAUUAGCUCUCUGCCGGCCGAUGAACGGCAACGUAUCCAAUUCGGUUCAUGGAUGAUACAGAAGUUUUGGGCGCCAUCGGCUGCGUUUGUGAAGAUAUCGAUCGUCGUGUUGCUGAAGCGUCUACUGGGAACGGUGCGCGCAUAUGCAAUCAUCUCGAACGUUCUGAUUGCCUUUAUCGCCUGUUGGGCCCUGACGGCACUGUUGGUCAACAUAUUUCAAUGUACGCCGGUUCAGUAUUACUAUAACAAGGAUCUCAAGGGACAUUGCAUGAGCGGUCAGCGAUCCUUCUUCCAGGCAAUGGGAGCGAUUUCUUUGGUUGAGGAUGUCAUCGUGCUGUGUCUACCCACGCCUAUCGUUUGGGGCCUGCAGAUUACUUUUCGCCAGAAAAUUGCUGUGACGCUUGUGUUCUCGCUGGGCGGACUGGUUUGUAUAUUCAGUCUGAUGCGUUUGAUUGAGUUCCGUACCUUCGUGACCACUGACUUAGCUUCCUCGAGUGCCAAGGAAUCCGUCUGGACUUGUCUCGAACUCGAUGUAGCUAUCAUCUGUGGCUGUCUCCCACUCAUGAAACCGCUGAUUCAGGGCUUCCUCGGUAAAGUGCGAAGCGGAGUCUCCAAAGCCCGUUCCCAUCCGUCAUCCGGCACGAAGCUAUACUUCCCCAACGGAACUACCCACAACAAUGAUGGAUUUCGCCAGAUCAACGAUCCAUUGAGCUCCCUGGCCUCCAAGAAUGCUCAUAUUGCGGCCAAUGAAAGCCGAAGAAGUUCAGACGUUGAGCUGCAGGGCAUCGCGGUAACCACCCGGAUUGAUCAGGAUGUUGACCGCCCGCGUACCGGAAACUCGACAGAUAUCUCCGCCGACCACGUAUGGCCACGGUGA